AUGGCGUUGAGCAACGGGGUCCUGGCGCCCACCCCUCCCGUGACAGUGCCCAAGGCUAACAAGGGCGAUCGUCCCGGCGACUUGCCAUGGCAGGAAGACACUGACUUUGGGGGCAUUAAAAAGCAGUACGACGUCACGCAGGAGGUGGUCCUGAACCUAGAGUUCGUCUCCGAUGGCUGGGCCAGGCUGUCUAAAGCUUUGGUAAUGAUCGCCAAGUGCGUGUCCGUCGCCAUCUUCAUCUUACUCCUGUAUAAAAAGAAUAGUCAGGGCAUUGGUGGUCUCGUGGAUGACAACUUCCUGGCCAUCCUGAACGUCACCGUGGGGGCUAUCUGCCUGGUCACCCUCCUGUUUGCCCUCUGGCUCCUGCUCUGGCGCAUCCACCGAGCCAUGCUCUCCGGUCGCACCUGGACCCGUCCCCGCCGCUUCCUCGUCAACCUCGCGCUCUGGGAGCUGGGCCUGCAGGUGGUGAACCUCACCUUCUUCCUGGCGCCCAACGCCGCAUGGUUGGCAGACCCCUGCACCCCCUUCCGCGGCGUCGUCCACGGCGCCGUCUUUGUCCAGUUCUCGUGCUGGCUGGGUCUCUUCACCAUCUUUGUCAUCAGCGUCCAGGGCUUUAUGCCCAUCACGCCAGGGACAAACAGCGUGCGGGGCCUGCCCCUCUACAGCUGGUGGCUGCGGCGCAAUGGGGAGACGGUGCCGGCCGAUGCCACCUCGGUCCUGGAUCUACCUACUUGGGUCCAUGCAGACCUGCUCCUCUUUGUGUGGCUCCCUGGGCAGCUCCUCCUGCUCUUCCAACUCCUCUGGGCCACCGGUUGCCUGGGAGCGGCCCCGAUCUGCGGCCAGGCCUCUGCGACAGUCCCCUGCGACGAGCUGCGCCCCGCCCCUGGCCAGUCCUGCGCCGCCUGGAUGCAGGACGACCUGGGCGACCGAUGCGUCUCCGUCCACGUCACCACUGUGCUCGUGCUUUCCAGCAUCGGCUUUGCCUGGGUGCUGGCCGUCAUGCUCCUGGGGGUUCUGGCCAUGCUGGUCAGCUACAGGGAGCUGCGCCGCUUCCGGUACCAGCAGUAUCGCGCCGCCAACAUCGCCGUGCGGGUGCUGAACAAGAAGCGGGCGACCAUGCAGGCCAUCUUUGUGGCAUGCGUGGUCGCCUUCUGGUUUGUGGACCUGCGGGCCUGCACCAACUACCUCCUCACCUUUUACGGCCUUACACCCCUCCAGAUGCUCGGGAGCAUCCAGGUCUUCACCACGACGAUGGCCAUCAUGCCCAUGCCCCCGCGGGCACAGCAGCUUGCCCUCCACGUCUGGCUGCAGAACUUUGUCUGGAAUGAGGAGGAGCAGGAGGCGGCUCUGGCAGAGCGCCCCCCCAUCUAUGCCAAGGAGCCCUUGUUCUGUUUCGAGACGGCCGUGAAGGCCCUCUACUACUCCAUGCUGGUCUACUACUACAAAGGCAGCGACGAGCUAGGACCGGCCGUGCCGGGGAAGGGGUCGCCGCACCCGGCGCUGACGCUGGACCUGGCCCUGGAGCUGUACGGCCUUGACCACCACGAGGCGAUCGUGGAGGCGCAGCAGGACCUGACCUGCAUGCUGGGCUGGAGCGCUGCCAGGCGGACUGUGGUGCUGGCCUUCCGCGGCACCUCCUCCAUGGCCAACGUGUGGCUGGACCUGCAGGUCUGGCGCAGGCCGCACCCGCUGGGCAUGGGGCGGUGGUGGGACAGCACCCGGCCCCUGGUGCACUCCGGCUUCCACGCCUGCUGGCUGGAGCGCGGAUUCGGCCAGCGCGUGCUCGCCCGUCUGCGCGCCCUCGUCGCCGGCGAGGGGGCCGCGGAGGGGGCCGCGGAGGAGGGGGGCGGCGUGGGAGCAAGGGGGUCUGACGGCGCGCCCUGGCGCGUGCUCUGCAUCGGGCACUCGCUGGGGGGGGCGCUGGCCUGCAUGGCCGCCUGCGACGUCGUGGAUCUGUCGCGUGCCCUGGAGCGGGAGCGGGCGGAGGCGAGGGAGGGGCGGGGCGAGGCAGCCGCCCCGGCGGCGAGUGGAUCACUGCCAGCCGCCGGCCCCAUCCUCGUGGCCAGCUCAUACACCUACGGCUGCCCACGCAUCGGCAACCACGCCUUUGCCAAGCACUACGCUGAUGUGGUACCCGACAGCUGGGAUGUGGUGCACACCAAUGACGCCGUGGCCAGGAACGGAAAGUUCAUCCGGCUGUACAAGCGCGCCGGCAAGCGCGUCAUCGUCUCCCCCGCAGGGGACCUGAUUGUGCGGCCCAGCCUGGCCGAGGCCACUGUGCUGCGGGGCCACUCCUCCAUCCAGGCCCACCUGCUGCGCACCUACGCGCGCAGCAUGGCCGCGGUGGUCAGGACGCAGGCAGGGAUCGUGGGCGGGGAGGGGGCCCGCACCUCCCUGGCCGCCCUGGCCGCCAAGCCCUAUGUCGGCCGCCUGCUGCACCUGCGGAAAGGCAGGGGGGGGGAGCCCUCCUUCCUGGGCCUCAUAACACAGGCCCAGGACGAGCACGUCGCCACGGGCGCGGCACUGGACGGCGAAGGGCGGGAGGAAAAGACGGAUGAGGAGGGCGUAGAGGAGGAGGACAGCUGCCCUGACCCCGACGCAGAGCUGGAGAGAGCCCGGCCGGGGCUGUUUGCGGGGGCCUACCACAUGAUCCAGGACACAGCAAGGGAUAUGCUGUCGUGA